AUGGCGCUCAUCAAUCGUUUGUGGACACAUUUCAGCGGCGACACGAAACAAUUACAGAAACAAACAGAUGCCUUGAAAAUAGGUAUCCUCGGAGCUGCAAAUAUCUGUAACAUGGCACUGCUCAAUCCAGCGAGUAAACUUUCUAAUGUUCUCAUUUACGGAAUUGCUGCGAGAGAUCGACAAAAAGCGGAAGCUUUCGCUAGAAAACAUUACAUACCGAAGGUCUAUGAUAACUACGAUCAAUUACUAGCUGAUCCUGAUAUCACUGCGAUUUACAAUCCUUUACCAAAUGGCUUGCAUUAUGAAUGGACAAUGAAAGCUUUACGAUCGGGUAAGCAUGUUCUUUGUGAAAAACCAAUGACGAAUAAUGCUGAAGAAGCACGGGAAAUGGUUGACGAAGCGAAAAAACAAAAUCGUCUACUGAUUGAAGCUUUCCAUUACAGAUAUCAUCCAUUUUGUCGCGAAACGGUUAAAAAUACCAUUUCGAAUCGAGAUGAAAACGGCCCGAUUCGAUCUAUCACUGGUGUUUUCACUGUUCCAGAGAAAUUCUUACAAAAUAACGAUAUUCGUUUUCAGUAUCCGUUGGGUGGUGGUGCUCAGAUGGAUCUCGGUUGUUAUCUAGUUUCCAUGUGUCGAUAUAUUGUUAAUACUCAUAACAACCGUACGGAACAAAAUGAGGGCGAGUUCGAAGUUCAAAAAGCCGAAGCACUACGAGUUUCACCAACGAAUCCUCAAAUUGAUCGUGGUAUGAGAAGCGAAUUUCAAUUAGAUGGAAUUCAGUGCAAUAUCUAUAAUGAAUUUACAAAUAAUUGGUCAUUUAUGAAGCAACAACUUAUCAUCGAAUGUGAAAAAGUGACAAUUACAAUUGCUUAUCUAAUUGCUCCGGUAUUCUAUCAUUAUUUAACAAUACGUCAGCGCGACAAUGGACAAACACGUACAAUAAAAAACUAUGGGGAUAAUCAGUCUACUUAUUAUUAUCAAUUGAAAGCGUUUGCAGAAGCAAUUCGAUGCUUUCAAAAUGAUGCAUCUCUCGAUAGGGCGUACGAAAUUGUGUACACAACUGGAACGAGUGCUAUACGUAACAUGGAGAUUAUCGAUGAAAUCUAUCGAAAAGCGGGAUUGCUUGUUCGUGGGACGAAGAAUUAA